AUGAUGAUGACGAUGUUGAUAGCGAUGGUGAUGGUAAUGAUGGCGACGGUGAUGAUAGUGGCGGUGACUAUAAUGGUAAUGAUGAUAAUGGCCAUGACACUGAUUGUAGUGAAGACGGCGGUGAUGAUAAUCAUGUUGAUGAUGGUGAUGAUAGAAAUCGACGCUGAUGAUGAUGAUGACAGUCAUGGCAAUGAUGAUGAUGAUAUUGACAAUGGUGAUAAUGAUAGCGAUAAUGAUGAUGGCGUUAAUCAUGGUAAUGGUGAUGAUCAUGAUAGUAAUAAUCCAAUAGAUGAUAAUGAUAAUGGUGACGGUAACCAUGAUUACGGUGACGAUGGGAACGAUGAUAGUGAUAGUGGUGGUGAUGAUGGGGGUGAUGGUAACAACGCUACCUUGGAUCAUGCAAAUCAUCAUAAUGACGAUAAUAAUAAUGAUGAUGACGAUGAUGAUAGUGAUUAUGAUAGUGAUUAUAAUGGUUGUAAUGACGAUAAUGGUGGUAAGGAUGAUAAUGGAAAUCAGGAAAACGAUGUUCGCCGCGGUGUUAGUGAUAACGGUAGUGAUGAUGGUGAUGAUGAUUAUGGUGACGAUAGCAACAUCCGUGAAAAUGAUGAUGGUGGUGAUGGUGAUAAUCAAGAUGAUCAUAGUCAUGUUUAUGAUGACAAAUAUAGUGAUGAUGGUGAUGGUGAUGAUGAUGACGAUGGUGCCGAUAGUGAUAUUCGUAAUGACGAUGAUGGUGAUAAUGACAAUCGUGAUGGUGAUGACGAUGGUGAAGACCAUGAUGGUGACGUUAAUGGCAGUAAUGAUAAUGGCGAAAAUGAUAAUCAUGGAAACGAGACUAGUGGCCACGAUGAUAAUGAUGACAGUGGUGAUGAUGGUGGUAUUCGUGAUAAUGAUAACGAGGAUAACUCUGAUGUACUGCUAAUAAUUUUAAGUAGUGAGAAUGGUAAUCAUGGUAAUGACUAUGGUGACUAUGAUAAGGGUGGUAGUCAUGGUGAUGAUGACGGUAAUGAUGAUGAUGGUAGUGAUAUUCGUGACAACGAUGAUGAUGGUAGCGACAGUGAUGACGGUGAUUGCGAUUGCGAUAAUCGUGGCGAUUGUGAUGAUGAUAAUGCUGGUAUUGGUGAUCGUGAUAAUGCUAGUGAUAAUGAUAGCAAUUAUUAUGAUGGCCAUGAUAACGAUGGUAGUGGUAGUGGCAUUCGUGGUGAUCAUGACGAUGACGGUGAUAGUGAUGAUGACGGUGAUAAUACUGAUAAAGAUGGCAACGAUAGUGACAGUGGUAUUUGUGACGACGAUGGUGGUGAUAGCGACAGUGGUGGUAGUGAUGAUGGCGGGAAUGUUCGUAGUGAUGGUGACAAUCGUGACAGUGAUGAUUACGUCAAUUAUGAUGAUAAUGAUGAUGCCGGUGGUGCCGAUGAUGAUCAUGAUGGUGAUACUCGUGACGACGCGUAUGAUGGUUAUCAUGAUGAUGAUAAGUAUAGUGAUGAUAAUAAUGAUAAUAACCAUGAAAAUGAUGCGUGA